UGUGGAGCUGGCGCUGGUCAAGCCGACCCCGCCGCCCCGUCUGUCAAGCACCGACCAUUUUAGGUCACUCCUUCCUCGGUGCCGCGGAGACGCAGCGCCGCCUGGUUGCCCCGGGCCGGAGGCUCCUCGGCGUCCCCGUCUGGGUCCAUGAUAGCGGCUGGAAGGAGGAGACGCUGAGGCAGAUAGAAGAGUUUCAGUCUCUGCUUCCCUGGAAACCGCCUGUUCUUCUGUCUAGCAAGAUGGAACUUCCUCUGGUGGCAUUUGAAGAAGUUGCUGUGUAUUUCACAGAGCAGGAGUGGGCCUUGCUGAGUGUCAGUGAAAGAGCCCUCUACAGGGAUGUCAUGCAGGAGAAUUACGAACACGUGAUGUCACUGGGCAUCCUUCUUGCUCUGACAGAAAGCAAAAUCACAUCUUGUCUUCUUUUGGCACCACCCUGUUCUAGCACCAUGGCUUUUCGCCAGGUCUCAUUUGAGGAGGUAGCCAUGCAUUUCACGGAGCAAGAGUGGGCUUUGCUGAAUGUGAACGAAAGAGCCCUCUACAGGAAUGUCAUGCAGGAAAACUAUAAACAUAUUGUGUCACUGGGUUUCCCAAUGGCUCAGCCUGGCAUGGCCACCCGCACAGAGCAAGGUGACGGGCUGUGGAGGAUGGACUUUCAGGAAUAUUGGAAGAACCAGUCCUUGACAAAAUUAAUUCCAGGUGAUUUUUCUCAGCCAGGAAGCCCCAGAACUACAACACCGUUCAGGAGAUUGCUGGGUAAUUCACAAGUGAAGGACUCCCUGAACUCUGAUAUUCGUUACAACAGACUCGGGAGAGAAAUCCAAGAGGAGAAGCGGAUGGUGGCAGGCAGCUUUGGUGAAACUGUUCCCUUAAGAAAAAGCAUCCAGGCUGCAGAAUGUCCUCCAGCUGAUGCAGGAGAAAGAAAGGAUUCUUGUCCCAAAUGUGGGAAAACCUUCUGUCACAAAUCGGCACUCACUGCUCAUCUGAGAAUCCACACUGGAGAAAAGCCAUAUCAUUGCCAGGAGUGUGGGAAAAGCUUCAAUCAGAGCUCGGCCCUCACUCAACAUCAGAGGAUCCACACUGGAGAGAAGCCCUAUGCCUGUGUCAGUUGUGGUAAAAGAUUCAGUCAAAGUUCUGCUCUUACCCAGCACCAGAGGAUCCAUACUGGGGAGAGGGCGUACACCUGCCUCGACUGCGGGAAGAGCUUUAUUUACCAGUCCGCUCUGAUUCGGCAUCGCCGAAUCCACACAGGAGAGAAAUGCUAUACGUGUCCUGAUUGUGGGAAAGGUUUCAACCAAAGCUCCAACCUCAUUACACACCGGAAAAUUCAUAAGGGUAAUGGAACAGCCUAUGGGAAUGAAAAAAAGAAUCCUCAGCUGGAAAAUCGUGUGCAAUUAGAACCACGUAGCAAUGCUUGUAGGACAUUCCAGCAAGCUUGUCCUCAGAGUUCUCAUCUGGAAAAAUGCCUUUUGGACUGGAGAAGUUCUGAGAGAAGCCCUUCAGAUCAGGCCCAGGCUCUAUCUGUACCUAGCACGGGAAGUUUGAUAUCUCAGAAGGACACUGUAAGAAAAAUAGGUAUUCCUAGGGUUAAAAGGCCACUUGUCUGUCAUGUCUGUGGAAAGAACUUCAGAUAUAGCUCCCACCUGGUCAACCACCAGCGGAUCCACACAGGAGAGAAACCCUAUCACUGCACAGACUGUGGGAAAAAUUUCAUUCAAAACUCAGCCCUCAAGAGGCAUCAGAGGAGUCACCGAGGUGACAGGCCCUAUCGGUGUUCAGACUGUGGGAAAAGCUUUAGUCGGAAUGCACAUUUGGCGAAACACCAAGGGAUUCACACUGGGUUAAAACCUUAUGAGUGCCUGGAUUGUGGGAAGAAAUUCAGUGUGAAGAUGAAUCUUGUGAUUCACCAGCGAACUCACACAGGAGAGAAGCCGUACAUGUGCUUGGAAUGUGGGAAGAGCUUUAGCCAAAGGGCUCAUUUCAUUAUCCACCGGAGAAUUCACACAGGAGAGAAGCCUUACGAAUGUCCAGACUGUGGGAGAGCCUUCCGUGUGAGCUCACACUUGGUUACACAUCAAAGGAUCCAUAUGGCAAAGACUUCUUUCAUAUGUCCUGACUGUGGGAAAAGUUUUAACGGUAGCAAACAGUUCGUUCAACAUAAGAGGUGUCACACCACUGGAGAUAAUUGUCCCCUGCCAAAUUCAGGGGUAACCAUUAAGAGCGAACCUUGAAUCUCCUUAUUGGUAGUGAAUUCCUGGUUCAAUCACCCUGAUGUUGAAAAGGGCAUUUCUAUAUGAGGGAAGCAAAGGAGGGGAAAUGUCUCCCGGCUAUCUCUUUGAAUGGCCAAUUAUGAGCCUAUUUCUGGGCUUAGAGCUGGAAUCAAGACAGUUCGGAGAGGAGAUUUUUCUCAGCUUUGAAACUGUUGUGGCAAAGUUGAGUGCCACAGACAAUACAGUGCUGGUUUUGGCAUGGAAAGACCUGAUUUCAGCCCUUGGAUUUCAUUACACAAUCAAUCUUAUUCAGAGAAUUGAGAAUAGAUGAAAUGGAGAAAAAAGCUUGUAUCUACUGUCCUUGAAUCUUUUAGACCAAGGAUGGAGUACUACAAAUAAGAUGCUGUACUAUUCCCAGAAGAGAACCAUCCGGUGGAAUCAUCAGGCAUCUCCAUCAUGUCUGAACAGCAUCCACAGUAGCAGGGAAAGGACAGAUGGCACGAGGAACAGUUUGGCUUCUUGAGAGGACAGUUCUAAUGGUUGCCCUGACUGCAAGCAUGGGAGAACAGAAGGCAGUGUCCUCACGGCAUCCACAAAGUGGGCCUUUGCAUUGAACUGAAGGAGGGUAGCGGUGAAUUUGUGAAAUCGUUCCAAGGCUGGCCCAAGAUAUUUUGUUGCCUGAAGUGAAGAACAAGAUGUUGGGCCCUCAUUCCAUUCACACCACCCCAACUAGUUUGAGAGCUGGGUUUUAUUUCAACUUUGGCAACUGGACAUCGUUUGUGCUAGGCCAGAGAGUGGCAAACCAGCUUAGGGGGCAGAGGAGAAUGUGGGGAGGAGGGCUGCUUGCUGUCUGUCUCCUGAGACAGUCCCGCCCCCUCCCCAGCUUCGGAGGUGCACAGCCAGAGGCUGCAGGGCUGCAUUUGGCUCCCCAAAACCCAGCAUGUGCCCUCCACCUCCAAAAGCGGCCAGCAGGUUGCAACGUUUAGUGCAACAGAAAGGGGAAAGAAUUACAUGUAACUAAUUUAAUGUAAUUUUAAUUACAUAUAAACUGCAUUCAAUCAUAUUUAACUAUUGUCCUUGCCCGACUGUUGUCUUUUGGGUGUGGACUCUGAUCUGCAACCAAGAAGCCAAGCACGACCAUUGGCCUGAGAAAGGUUGCAUCUCUCCACUGUACCUAAUAGUAGUGCUGAUCCUACUUUAAUGUAAUUAAGACAUUAAAUCAAGUUAUUUCUCUCUCA